AUGUUAGCAUUGAGUUUGUGUCGCAAAUAUCAAUGGUCGGACAGUCCCAGUAUGGCAUACAUUAUAGCCGUUGCCAUACAAACAAUCACAAGACUAGCGCUUUGUUUUGUGUUUUUCGUUCACCGAUUGUCCGGUAUUACAACCAGUGGUUGGAUUUGGUUAUACCUAUUAUUGGACACUAUUUUAAUUGGUCUAUCAUUGGCUACAUAUGCUACUCAAGAUAUGCUACAAAACUAUGAAUUUAUACUCUAUUGUAUAAACUUUGCGCUAACUGUUUGUCUAUUAAUCUACUGUACAUUUGCCGAUCAAUUGUCACCAAAAAAUAGCAACAAUACUACAGACACUGAUCCUGACUUAUGGAUCAAACAUACUGUUUGUCCCAAAUCGGGCGCAUCCUAUGCAUCGCGUAUAACUUAUCAGUGGGUAAAUCGGCUACUAUUGAAAGGUUGGCUAAACAAGUCGCUAGUAUUUGAUGAUCUAUGGGCACUGCGCCGGGAGGACAGUACUCUCUAUAACUAUAAACGCUUUUUGAAACAAUGGUUACCAUUAUCAUCAUCAUCAUCAGCUAAACAUAUUAAUGAUUAA